UCCCAGGGAGAUUUGAGCAGGCUGCCCCGUCACCUUUUUUGCUGCGAACAUGCCAGCCGUGAUCCGGGAUAAAGAGGACUCUGAAUCCUCCUCAGAAGACGGGCAAGAAGACCAUCCUUGCAUCGCGUGGAGCGGCCUCAGCAAGACGAUCCCGGUUCUCCUGUUUGUCCCUGAAGCUGUUGUUUCGAAAGAUGGGGAUAUCUGCUCGGUUGGAGAGCGGUAUCAUAUGGCCUUCAAGAUUGUGCGCACGGAGAGCCGCCUGGUACGAGGAAUACUCACCAAUCACGGAUUCCAUGAGGUUCACCCCAACAGUAACGACUUUAACCUCAUGUGGACGGGAUCUCACCUAAAGCCUUACAUACUACGCAGCCUUCAAGACUUCCAGAAGGUUAACCACUUUCCAAGGUCGUACGAAUUGACGCGCAAAGACCGCCUCUAUAAAAACAUCCAGCGAAUGCAGCAGACCCAUGGCUUCAAAAACUUCCAUAUCGUUCCUCAGACCUUUGUGCUUCCCUCUGAGUACCAGGAAUUCUGCAGUUGUUUUGCCAAGGACAAGGGCCCGUGGAUAAUUAAACCUGUAGCAUCUUCAAGAGGACGGGGCAUUUACUUGGUCAGCAAUCCAAAUCAGAUUUCGAUGGAUGAAAACAUCUUGGUGUCUCGCUAUAUCAGCAACCCCCUGCUGAUAGAUGAGUUCAAGUUUGACGUGCGUUUGUAUGUGUUGGUGACGUCGUACGAUCCGCUCCUCAUCUACGUGUAUGAGGAGGGCCUGGCGAGGUUUGCCACAGUCAAGUAUGACCAGACUUCAAAGCACAUCAAGAACACAUUCAUGCACCUCACCAACUACAGUGUGAACAAAAAGAGCAGUGAUUAUGUCAGCUGCGAUGACCCUGAAGUUGAGGAUUAUGGGAACAAAUGGAGUAUGAGUGCAGUGUUGAGGUAUUUGAAGCAGGAGGGAAAGGAUACCACAUUGCUCAUGAAACAAAUCGAGGACCUCAUCAUUAAAGCCGUGCUGAGCGCCGAGCUGCAGAUAGCCACCGCCUGCAAGACGUUUGUUCCCCACAAGACUAAUUGCUUCGAACUCUAUGGUUUUGAUGUGCUCAUUGACUCCAACCUCAAACCCUGGUUGUUAGAGGUGAACCUUUCUCCCUCCCUGGCCUGUGAUGCACCCUUGGAUCUGAAGAUAAAGGCCAGCAUGAUUGCAGACAUGUUUUCGCUUGUGGGCUUUGUGUGUCAGGACCCCCUGUUGAGGCAGCCACGCACUGACCGAGGAACCCUGGAGAAGCACCCGGCAACCCAGAGAACACAGAAACCUUUUUCUGCACCGACAGCCACUACACACAGCAGAGUGCGUCAGAGGCCCACAUCAGCCAGUAACUCAGAAACAGAGGGAGUGAAAGACAAGCAAGGAGCUAAACACAGCCAAGGAGACAGCACUCUGAGCUUGACUGCUGAGGAGAUCAGAGUGCUGAGGAGGAUAAAGGAGGAGUACGACAGGCGAGGAGGAUUUAUUCGGAUCUUCCCCACUGCAGAUACAUGGGAGCUCUAUGGUGGAUAUCUGGAAUCCAAGACAUCAAUGAACUCCAUGUUGGCAAACAGACUUUUCCAUGGAAGGAAUGUGAAUGGGAAUGUGCAGCUGCAGGUGGACACAGUCCAUGGCUGUCAUGUUGUCCAGUAUGAGAGGAAGCUGCUGUCUCUGGAGGCACGAGAGAGGAGACAGCGCCACCUGACUCAUCGCUCUGCUGCAGGGAAGAAAAGACUGGGGAAGGAAUCCAAGGCCUCCCCGACUGAGAACAGCAGUCAGGAGGGAGAGGAGUGUGCUCCGGAGGAAAGAGAGGAGGUGAAACAAGUUCUUGAGCCAGUCUCCCACAAGGCUUUGGUAGCAGAGCAAAGAAAACAAGUGGCCACACCACUGGAGCGCUGCCACAGUGAGACUCUGUCCAGCUCAGAGGCAGCCAUGCACAAUGCCAGGCCCCAAGUCAACCUGCUCAACAUCCUUCAGCAGGGGUGGGAACUCAGUAAAGUGCAGGCCCGGAUUGCUUUUUCCUCCUACCUGCAGCGAGUCCAGCAAAGGCUGUUAGCGGAGAGCAGAGCCAACACCAUCCCAGCUUGGCCAGACAAGGACAGCGACCAAAUGGAGCUCGUGAUUCGCUUCCUGAGAAGAGCAGCCAGUAACCUUCAACAAGACAUAAAGGUAGUCUUGCCUAGUCGCCAGUUACCGCUGCAAGACCGCAGACGCAUUCUGUCCCACCAGCUGGGAGAAUUUAUCCACUGUUACAACAAGGAAACUGAACAUAUGGUGCAAAAACAGGAAAAUAGCAAAGAGGAGCAUUGUGUUAACUCCAGAGUGUUUCAAGAGUACAUCACUGUAGCGAGUGAAAACGAUCUGGAGGAAGUACUGACAUUCUAUACUCAGAAAAAUAAAUCGGCCACCGUCUUCCUAGGAACAGAAGUCCGAAGUGUUAAGAAAGAUGUUCAUGAAGUAAACGUCUCAGGAGAUCCAGGCAACUGUGAGAAUUCUAGAUCUCUGCCUGUGGCCAAAGAAGAUUCCAGUGCUUCAGAGUCCUCGCUCUCCACCGGCAAAGUCAGCACUGACCCAGACAUCAAGGCCUCUGAGAGUCAGCCUUCUGUCCGCAUGCUGCCUGAAGACCGUCAGGCUGAGGUUAGAACUGGUAAAACGCAGCCAGAUGUCCAGUCGUCUCAGCACUGCUCUAGUUUUCCUGUGACGUUAGACUGCAUGCACAUCAGUCUGCAGCACUGCCCUCCUGCUCCAGCAUCCCUGCCUCUUCACUGUCCACCACCUCCCCCGCCUCCUCAGCCUCCGUCGUACGCGCAGUCCUUGGCAAAAUCUCACUUCUGCCACUCUGAGACUCUCUCUGACCCUCCUGCGUACACCUCUGCCCCAGUGAUCACACAACCUUCAAGAAUAAUGGGGACAGCCUCAUCCGCUGGCUCAACAGGGCCAUCGACCCAGGUGCUCAGAAGGAUUCAGUCCUUUACCUUGUCCCAUCCAGCAGCCUCCUCCAUCCCAAGUGCCACGCACAUCUAUAGCCAGAAGCUCUCGAGACCCACAUCUGCAAGCCAAGUGGUCAAGAGGAGCAGUUCCAGUAAGCUCAAGUCAAACUCAACGGGUGCUUUCAGGGAGUUAAACUCUCUGUCUGCUCAGGCCCAGUCUAACCAGCAGGCCUUCAUCUCAGCUCUGCAGAAGCUGGCUGACAAGCAGGUUGCUCGCCACUGUGCCAGCUCCAGUCACAUCAACCUGCUGACACAACACUUGACGAACCUGAACCUGGCCAAUAGGAUGCUGGGCAGAGAGAGCUUCACACUCAAUCCUAAAGCUUUUACGACCCAAGGGCCAGUGAGAGCUGUUCACUCUGGAACAGAUCUGCACAGCAGCACCAGCCACAGACCCCUGAAGGAUGAGGAGGGCCUUUGGGAUGGGCAGAUGGAGAGCGCCUAUAGCCUGGUGACGGGAGUGAACCCCAAGCAGCGCUACCAGCCCACCCAGGGAAGCUACCAGCUCCAGUUUGCUAUUCAGCAACUACAACAGCAGAGACAGAAGUCUCAUCAGUUUCUGGAGCAGAGUCACUGCAGACACCAGGCUCAAUUUCCCGACCAGACAAGUGCUCCACACACCCAGGCUCCCACGAAAUCAUCCAGCUGCCCUCCAUCUGGCUUUCACGUUCGGCCCAAUCACGGCCACGGCCACAGCCACAUCCAGACCUGCGUCAGCCCGGCUCUUGCUCCGAAGCCACCCAGCAGCGCCCGGGAGGGUCACACCAGGAAAACGGCAACAAAGCGCCUCAUCAAGCAGACGUCCUCGGAGAGUUCAGCCAGUGGAAGCGUGUCCAGCGGCCAGCAGGUGGUCUACGAGGCCAUCUGCGGUAAAACAGGUCUGUCCGUGUACCGCAAGCUGUUCCAGGGCCAGGAGCCGGCUCACAGAUGACACGAAGGCGACCAGAGGCACGUCCUGCCGCUUUGCAGGCCCGACAGGUGUCUCUGCAUGUAACCACAUCUCACAGAGGUAUAUUCUGGGAAAGGACAACAGAUCAAAGUAUGCCAAACACUGAACCGGGUCCUAUUAAUUUCUCUGUGAUACAGCCACAGACAUGCCAGGGGAUAGUCUGCCAGGCCAGGAAUGCCCAGCUUUGACGCAGGUUGGGAUUUUGUUGCGCAGCUCCUCCUUCUCUCUCCCUCCCCCCCCUCUUCAUCGCCCUUGGCUACAAUCAGUCUAUAUCCCGACAGUUGCCCGCCCUCAUUCUCUCCAUGCUAUUGAUGCCACAGGAAGAUUUCACUGACAGAUAGCCUUCAGCAGAUGGCUCUUCAAGCCCUGUUGGUAUUUUAACUGCAGGAUUCAGUGUUUCAUUCUUUGCUCAGGCAGUGGCAUGUGCACCCGCGGCCAUACAUGUAGAUUAUUUCUUCUAAAAAGAUUUUUUUUUUUUUUAAAUACAGGUGAGCUGAGGGGUUUUGGUAAGGAGAGACUGACAAGUAUUGUGGAGACUGCCUGAGCAGCUUCUCGUCUUACUGAAUAGUGAGCAUUCAGAGAAGCUGCUUUCAUGUGCGGCUCGCAGCGUUUAGACGCCAAACAGUUGCCAAAUCAGACCCUCUGCCCUUCACCUAACGACGUGUUGAAGUAUAUCAUCCUUUUUCUCUCGCUGGCUUGAUGAGGAGAUUCUGAUCGUUAGAGCUUGUACAUGAUUGGUUGUUGCCUAUUUACGAGGAUGACGUGACACUGUUGCAGCGAUGUUUUAUGUCAAGAGUGCAGUUGGCUUCUGAAUAUUCCUGUAAACUGUUGAGAUGUUGAUAUUGUUUCCUCUUGGAUGGACCAAAUUGAAUAUUUUUGUUUUGCUAAGUAACUUAUUGUCAUUGCAUCAGUAUUUAUGUACUGUAAAAUCUCCUUCAUGAGGUCUUUUUGACCAUUUCUGUAGCUCAAAGCAUAACAUAAAGAUGAAGUAUGGUUAUGCGCAGACUUCUAAUGAUGGUAAAUGCUGCACCAGCAGGUUAAUAUCCUUGUGUAUAUUCUGUUCCUUGGGACCAUAUAGCGAGUUCGCUCAGGGCGUGUUAAUAGACUAAAGUAUCUCUGUUUUACGUGAGUACAUUUACCAUAUGUUUAUGAUGACUUGGUCUGAAAUACUUGAAUUUUGUGCAUGACUUUCUCAUAUCAGCUGGUGACUAUCAUCAGUGUGACUUUGCACAGAUUGUAGUUUUCGAUGCAGUACAACAGAGCUGGUUUUAAAACUAAAGUGACGGUGGCUGUUUUUGUAACGUGCGAUCGAUGUUCAGUUACAUGUCGUGGAUUUUAUUACCGCUGAGGCCAGUUGCAUGCUGUAUUACUCCGACAGCAGGAUCCAAAUCAAUGUGCGUAAUCUACUGUGGUGGUACAACGUUGUUUCCAGUACAAUGUUGUAAUUUGUUCUGUUCCUUAUUGUUUACAAUAUACACGCAUGGAAAUGUACGACUUUUUGGGAACAAUUUAGGCAGUUUGUAGCAAACAACACUGAACUGAAUGCCUAGAAAAACAUUAAAGUACGACGACUGUGUCAGUAAA